AGCCUAGCGGCCAUGGCCCUCACUCUGCGCCUCCGGCGGGCCCUCGUCGCCAUCUCCACCUCCUCCCCCCUCCUCCGCCCGGUCGCAUCUGCCUCCAUCUCCCGGCCCCUCCCGCUCGCGCCCUUCGUCCCUCUGUCGCUCCCGCGGCCGUGGCUGCUCCCCGGCGCCGCCGCGGGGCUCCGGUCGGCGGCGGCGGCGGCAGCGGCGGCGGCGGCGGCGCGGCGAAUGUGCUACGGGGGCGUGGUGCAGGGGAUCAAGAUCUCCCGCGACGAGAUCCUCUUCGGGGGGUGCGAUUACAACCACUGGCUCAUCACUAUGCAGUUCCCGGACCCCAAGCCCUCCCGCGAGGAGAUGAUCGAGACCUACCUCCAGACCCUCGCCCAGGUCGUCAUAAGUUAUGAGGAGGCUAAAAGGAGGAUGUAUGCUUUUAGUACAACAGAUUAUACUGGUUUUCAGGCUGAAAUGACCGAGGAAAUGUCAGAAAAAUUCCACGGGUUGCCUGGAGUAGUUUUCAUUUUGCCUGAUGCAUAUCUAUAUCCAGAGAGAAAGGAGUAUGGAGGAGACAAAUAUGACAAUGGUGUCAUCACUUCAAGACCACCACCUCAUCAUUGGGGCAAAUCAUCAAGGCCUGACAGGAACCGUAACUUCCAAGGAAACUACCAGAACAGCCCCCCUCCGCAAGGAAGUUACCAGAACAGCCCUCCACAGCAAGGAAACUUACAAACGUACCACUCGCAGCAAGAUGGAAGAAGCUAUGCCUCACAGCAGAAUUAUGCACAUGGUGGCCAAUAUGCUAGAGGGUAGGCAGUAAAAGCUUAAGAGUUUCUCUGAAGACAAGCAUAAGACUUGAGAGAUGUUGAAAUCCCCACCUGUCAAAUAAACGAUUGUGGUGCAUUGCCUUCUCUUUUUAGUUGCAUUCAAAUUCUAGACCUACGGGCAUGUGUUAUUACCAAGCUUGAUUUUCCGUUAAGCCAUAUGUUUCAUUUUAAAUGUCGCAGAUUGUGAAACGCUCUUUUAUCUGUGUUUAUCUUACCUAUUCUCUGCUUCUGGUGAACGGCGUUUGUAUGUAGGCAAAUUUGUGUCGAGGAUACUAGAAGAACGUGGCUUUGUUUGUGGGACACCUUUAUGUUCGAUAUUAGCUCUAGGACGUUACGAAAUCAUGGUUUUGUUUCUAGGACACUUAGAGGAGGGGCAAAAGACCAUUAUGCCCUUAGCUGCACACCUAGAGGAGGGUAUAAUGGUCUUUUGCCUCUCUUCCAGUGUCCUACGGACAAAACCAAGAUUUUGCAAGUGUCAUGUUCUUUUAGUGUCUUGUAUGUAUGUACUUUGUAAUUAUGAGUGGAAUUGUUCAUUUUA